AUGCAGGACGCCUGGACUGCUCGCAAGGAUGAGGAGAUCCAAGGGUAAGCGGACCGCAACGAAUGGAAGAACUACUUCUCUGCGAUCAAAGCUGUCUACUGUCCGCCGAUCAAAGGGACUGCUCCUCUCCUCAGCACCGACGGUAGUACCCUACUCACCGUGAAGACACAAAUUCUACAGCGAUGGGCCGAGCACUUCCGAGGCGUCCUCAACUGCCCCUCCACCCUCUCCGACGCCGCUAUCGCCCGUUUGCCGCAAGCGGAGACCAACGUCGACCUCGACCUCCUGUCCUCUCCCCACGGAACAAUCAGCGCCGUGCAGCAGCUCUCCAGCGGGAAUGCGCCCGGAUCGGACGCGAUCCCUGCUGAGAUCUAA